AAUUUUUACAUAAACAACAUUCUUGUCAAAUGGCAAUACGGAGGUCAUCGUUUCUCUUUCGCCUUCCCUGGUCUCAAGAUGAACCAUCUACUCGACCCAUUGCCAGCACAACCCUUCUUCCGGCCACCAGCACGACCAAUCUGUCCACAGAUGAAACCCCAACUAGUAACAAGCCACCCGACCCAACGAAAAACACCACCCCUGGAAUUCCAACUUCACCAACUCAAGCUGGAACCAAGAGCAAUCAGCACCCAAACACCAGCAUUUCUCCACCUCGCCCUAUUGCUACAAGCACGAGCCUGACUGGUGAAACCCAAAUCCCUUUUCAACCCUCUAAUAUGAACUCUACCUCCACAAAUUCUCCAGCUCGGCCUAAGUCUCAAACUACUACUAGUAACCCCACCACACCAAAGAUUAGUCAGAAGCCACCAUUUAGGCCUGCAGGGACAGCUCCUUCUCCCAAGAAUAGGGCAUCCAGGAACGAGUCUCAAUCCUCAUCAUCACAUCAAGCAACUAAUAAGUCUCGCAUCUUAUCUCCACUAGCUUCACCGUCAGAUACAUCAACCAAGUCCCGAUUGUCUCAAUCUCUGUCUUCAUCUCGCUUAACUCCUCAAUCACCAGCUACGACUUCAACAUCCUCCCCAGCACGCAAGGCUCCCCAGGUCCUUUCAACUAAAGCAAGCCAAGAGUCUUCGGACUCUCCAUCUGUUGUAAAAACUCAAAUGCAAGAAAAGAAUCAGGCAGCUACUCUGCCAUCAUCGCCACCCAAAUCACUGCAAGAGAUCUCAGGGCCUUCUUCCAAAUCCCCACAAGCACAGUCCACCAUUCUGGAUAAGAAAGAACCAACAGAACAAAUGAAGCUCCAAACUAAGGAAGUAACCAUGUCAGAUGCUGUCUCUGAAGCAAAAGUAAGUUUCACAGACAAGACAAUGCAACCUACAGAAGUAUCAGUGCUGAAAUCCACCAUGACAGGCACUACAGAAGGGCCAUCCGAGAAAUCACGUUCUUCCAGUAUUAGUGGUGAAUCUAAGUUGCUCAAAGAGUCGGCUAGCAACAUUCAGGAAAUCAAGGAAAUGGAUCACGAGGCAAUAGGUAAGGACUAUGGUGCUGGAGAACAAGUUCAACAAAAACAAGCAUAUAUGGUGAAGCAAGAAGAGGCUACUAAAGAUCACAGUUUGGUGAACCCUGUUUCUAAGGGAAGACAAACGAGAGCGAGUGCAUCUCAGACGAGGAACAAAAUUAUAUCCACUGGUUCUAGUCAGAAAACUGCAGUUUACAGUGAGCCACAUAUUCCCCUACACAAAGAGAUCAAAGAUAACAUCUCAAAGGUUCUUAAUAGAGUAGCAGUUGGAGGUGGCAAGCAAGAAACUGCAGGAAAAACACCAGUGAAUGUGAUCACUCUUGCAGGUGAUAAUCGAGGAGCAUCUAUGCAACUUGGGUCUGACUCAUCCACAAAAGGAGGGCGAAUCUACAUUCAUAGAGGAUACAAAAUCAACCCUGACGAAAGCGCUGAUGCAACCACAGAUGGGGAGGGAAGAAGAUCAAAAGAUGAACAGUCUAUCGAUGAUCAAACGGUAGCUGCAUACGUAAAUUGCAAUGUACAGGGCAUCAAUAACUCUAUUUCAUAUAACAGUUCCAUUACAGAAAGAAAUCCAGGUGUACGUAUGUCGAUCCCACGUGUGCCUUCAGAACCUGUACAUUCAACAAGACUAUUUGAUGCACACAAGGCAGAAUUCAGCUUUACACCUGCUAGAACAAUCAAAAGAAGAUGUCUCAGAGGCCUUUUCCUUGAAUCAAGUGAUUCUGAUCCAGAUAAACCUCGGCGGCAUGGUUGUCGCUUUGGCUGCAAUGAUAAGAAAAAAUAACAAGAUAAAUGUUCUACUACAGUUUUUCUUGCAAGGUAUACAUAUUUAAUAAUAGUUUGUGUGUCAAGAAAAAUGUAAUAAUAUGCGAGUGAUCCAUGAAAUAUGACUGUUUGAUCUACUUCAGCAGAUUUUAUGUCACAAAGAGAACAAAUAAAGAGCAAAAGAAUAUAUCCAAAGGGCAAUGAUAUUUCAUUCAAGUUGAGUAAUUAAACAUCUAUCUAAACAACACCAGUUCUGGAAUCUUAAAAAGUAAUGCAAAUAAAUAGAAGACAAAAUAUACCUUAAACAUAUGCAACUUACA